CUCACUUCCGAGCGCUCACAGUUGCGCAGAAAGGCCAUUUUGGUGCCGCCAUGGCACGUACUCCGUCCUCGUUUUAUGCUGAGAUUGACCGCUAUGAGAUCGUUGAGGAACCUGCAGAUCCAGAAAAUCCACUAGCCAAGGGAAUGGAAGUGUUGAAAGCGCGCAUCCCGCUGAUGGGUCAGGGUUCGCAUGCUGAGUACAACAUUCGUGUCCAGAAUGAGGGCAAGUAUCACAUAGUCCGGAGACGCUUCGCUGAGUUUGUCACAUUGCACGACUUCCUGAAGCGGCAAUUUGGGCCUGUUUUGAUGCUGGAGCUUCCCAAGAAGACACCCAUCAGAUACUUCAAUCAAGACAAAUUGGAAGAUCGAAAAAAUGCCCUGAAUGUCUACCUGAAGGACCUUUGUAAGCGAAAGGAGAUCGUGGAUCUUGUCGAGGUUCAACGAUUCUUCGGAUGUCAGGUCCGCCCAGGGAGUGUCCCGACAGGCUACGCUCCACAGGCACAGGCACCACAGGUACAGCAGCCUGCACCAGUUGUCAGCUGCCAAGGCCUGCAAAUGGUUCCGCCAUGUUCCGCUCAGCUGUCACCAGCUCCUGAUACAAGUGCUGAGCUGAGGUUGUCGGGGCAGCGCCUGGCAAGCCUGUGGUUCACAGUGACUCGGAGGAUGAACUGGCCAGGUGGGACACAUGAAGUAGAAUUUUGAGAAACAAUGUGUCACCUUUUGCUCCUGGCCCUGUCCCACCAAAGGUGGGGAUAGAAAUUAGACUUUGGUCUGACAUAGAUGAUCAUUCUUUCAGAGUCGGCCUUCAGUAGGCCAGCUUGGAAUGGAAUGUGAUGCGUGUUGGAAAAA